UUUCUAUUUCCCUUUUUUCUGAUUCAGAUUUUUUGGACACUAACAGACAGAGCAAACAAUUUGUUGCAAGAUUUCGUAAUUAGCUCAUUUUGAAAUGCAGGGAUUCCUGUUUUCAUGAGCCAAGCAGAAAUUUCCAGAUCAGAGCAUUUGUUUUUAAGCAGAUAUAAAUAUACCAACAGCUUGAAUGCAAAACACACUUAAGAAGAGAGACUAAAACCAUCAAAAGGGAAAGACAUGAUUGCUGUCAACAAGAGGUUCUCCCUUGUUUUGGUCCUGCUGGCCUUGUGGACCAUUCUGGCAGAGGCGAGGAUCAAAGCCUCUGUUUUCCCUCGUUCGAAGCGAAUGGUUGGAGGAACCUUGGCUCCUCUAGUCCCCUGGCAAGCCAUGAUCUACCUCUCUGACAGUGUCCUGGAUGGUGGGUAUGCAGGGGGAGCUCUAAUAUCUGACCGGUGGGUUUUGACAGCUGGAAGAAACCUCUUCAUUAAAAAGAGUCGACAGGAUAUUCAGGGGAAAGAUCCUUCCAUCCCAAAAGUAUACUUAGGAAUCUCACAGAGGAGAGAAGCUGAUGCCUCCACAGAAGCUGCUGUAGAAAAGGUUUAUCUUCAUCCUGGCUUCCAGAACCAAUCUGACUGGGAUAAUGACCUAGCUCUCAUCAAACUUAAAGAGUCUGUGAUUAUGAGUGAUAAGGUCACUCCAAUCUCCCUCCCAGAGAGAGGCCAGGACCUGGACACUAUUAGGGGUGGGUCUGGGGUAAUCGCUGGCUGGGGCUGGGGGAUCCACCUGACCCUAUCAACGUCUCUCAAAUACCUCACUCUUCCUCUGGCCAAUCACUCUGACUGUAAAUCUGAAUAUGAACAGACUUCACACACACCCAUGGUGGAUGUCAAUAUGUUCUGCACUGGACCCACAGGCUAUGGGGAAAAUGUUUGUUUUGGGGAUGCGGGAGGAGCUCUCGCAGUCAGGGAUGUGCAAACAGGGGAUGUAUACGCUGCAGGGAUCCUUUCCUAUGACAAAUCCUGCAACCGGUACCACUACGGUGUCUACAUGAAGAUUUCUUCAUAUUUGCCUUGGAUCCACAGCAUCAUUAGGGGAGAUACAGAGAAAUCAUCUGCUCUGCGCUCUGAUGCAAUGUCUAAAAUGUAUCCAUGACAGACAUAGAGCUUAAGGCUCUCAUGUUUUGAUAGAUGGAGAGAAAUUAUUGCACUGUGUUGUGUCAGUAAAUGGCUUCUAUUCAGUUGCUGUCAUGUCUGUGAGGACUAAAUAAUGUGAUGAGUUAAAUGUUGGAUUAGGUUUACAGUCUUAUCAUGGACUCAAAUAAUUAUGAAUAUUCCACAUUUUAGUGCCUUUCUCCUUUAAAGUUAGUAAGUAAAAUGUACAUGUUUGAUAAAUUUCUCAAAUGUUAAAAAGAGGUUCAUAUUUAAGUAAAUAUGUAAAAGUAUACAUAGUGCAGAAAUAAUAAACAGACACAAUCCAACAAUGAAUUGUUUACUUUUUGCCUGAAAGAGUAUUAACUAGGCUAAGAAAACUGAAAGGUGAAGAGAAAAGCACAGGUCAGAGCUUCUAUUAAUCUUUCCUUGAGUGACCCAAAGUCCAAGGUUAAGACUAGUCACGUGUUGUUGGAAAAUUUAGAUUUCUCUUUUAUUAUAUAUUAAUUUAUCCUAUUUACUCACUAUAAAAGUUUUCACUCAGUCUGUUUCACUUUCAAGGCCACACAAUGCUCUGCAGG